AUGACGCUUCUGCUCAACCGACCCUUCACCUCGGCGGUGUUCAUCCUGAUAGUGGCGCACCUACUCCUCCUCCAGCCUCUCUCCGUCUGGUCGCAGUCCACUUGCGAAACCACCUGCGAGUUUGUGACAACCCUGCCCGCCAGCGUCGGUUUGCGAGGCGCAAGCUGGCUCGGCCAACGAUUCGAGGUAACUCCGCCCAAUGGCAUCGCCUUUGCUUCCGCGGCCAUCGCCACGCGCGCCCAGGCGGGCGACCUGGGCCUCUACUCGGACCAAGCCGUCAGCGGCGGCCAGUUCCUCCCUGGAGCGCCAGUGUCCGGCGCCCAACAACUCGCCCUCGUCUCCAAGGUGGCCAUUCCGGAGUUCAACACCUCCACCAUCAGCACCUACACCGCUAGCGUCCAUCUGCCGAAAGGCUUCUACUGGCUCCGCUUCUCUUCUCCCAAUGCCUUGUCCGUCAACUGGCACACGCCAGUGAACGCGUGGAACCCCCCACCCGAUCCGGCCGUUGUCCCUGGCAUCUCCGUCUACGGGUCCAACCAGACCAGCCCCACCUACUUCAACCAGUCCUACAGCUUCUCCAUCCGCGGCUGCCAGGCCGCCCUGAUCUCCACCGUCAACUCCACGUCCGCCACGCCGCAGCUGACCUUCAACCUCACCGCGCCCACCGUUCAGAUCGCGCCUAAGAGCGACAGCGGGUCGGUGGUCAAGUCUGCCUCGGUGGCCAUCAACAUGGCGCGCCUCUCCGAGAUGAACGGCUCCACAGUCGUUCGCUCGGCCGUCAACAUCACCGAGAACGGCCAAUGGGCUCAACUCACACCGAAUCCGGAGCUGGGAUCCACCCAAGCGUUCCUCUACAACGCGACGCUGGCCUUCGACGACGAUGCCGUGCCCACCGCUCAGGGCCGCGUCGAGGUCCAGUUCGACCUCUUCGACCGGGAGACCAACGUCUCCCUGGGCAACCUGACGGCCUUCGCCAUCAGCCCCAACUUUGCCAAGCUCACCCUCCGCGUGUACGAGUGGCCCUUCUCCGAGCCGAGCGACGGCGACGAAGAGCAGCACAGGCUCGAGGUGCGGCUCAACAUCGACCCGCCCGUGUCCGGCGUGGACAGCCAAACGACCGGAGCCAACGGCGUGACGGUGUUCAAGCUGCGCCACGCCAACGACGCGGCCCAGCGCACGACCGAGAUCCGGGUGGUGAACGUCGUGGAGCGCGACGGGACCAACAUCCAGGCCGACGGCGCCGUCGCGUACGAGGUGAACGUCGCGCAGUCGCAGCUGGUGCUUUCCUUUGCGCGCUUCGAGUCGUCGCUCGUCUACGAUCCCGACCUCGGCGUGCUGCUGGGCUCGAAGAGGGACGGAGAGUCGGACGGAAGUGACAGCACGCUGUGGAUCAUCGCCGUGGCGGUGGUGGUGCCCGUGGCCGUUGUGUUCGUCGUGGCCGUGAUCGUCAUCGGAACGGUGGUGGGCUACCUGAAGCACCGCAGGAACUUGCGGCACCUGGCCCAGAUGCGGUCUGCCGCCGUCAACUUCGAAUCCGCCGACCAUCGCGAUGCAGACGUCUAG